AUGCCGAUCAGACUCCCACCAAACAUACCUCGAAGCUUCUCUUCUUCAGCCCGACUUCGGUCCUUUCCUUCACCAAAGACCCGGCCUUACACAACAAGGCGCGGCAUUGAGCAUCGCAAGCCCCUUUUGUUUUCACCCUCCAUUCUCAGACAUACAAUAGACGGCGCCUGCUAUACGACAUCAGCCAUGAAUACCAGCAAAACCCACACAAAUGGAGUGUCAACUUCAAAGCCUGUGCUGUUUUUUGACAUUGAUAACUGCCUCUACCCGAGGAGUUCAAAAGUCCAGGACCACAUGGCACAGCUAAUUGACGAGUACUUCGUAAAGCACCUUUCCCUCCAGUGGGACGAUGCCGUGAAAUUGCACAAGGAGUAUUACACCAACUACGGCCUUGCGAUUGAAGGCCUGGUUCGCCACCAUGAGAUCGACCCUCUAGAAUACAACGCCCAGGUCGACGACGCCCUGCCUCUUGAGGAUAUCCUCAGUCCGAACCCUGAGCUGCGCGAGCUGCUCGAAGAUGUCGAUAAGAGCAAGUGUACCAUGUGGCUCCUCACCAACGCCUACGUAAACCACGCUAAGCGCGUGACCAAGCUGCUGGGUAUUGACGAUCUCUUUGAUGGCCUCACUUUCUGCGACUAUGGACAGGCACCGCUUGUCUGCAAGCCUGCCAAGGAGAUGUACUUGAGGGCUAUGCGUGAGGCGGGCGUCGAGAAGAUGGAGGAUUGCUACUUUGUUGACGACUCUUACCUGAACUGCCAAAAGGCCCAGGGCUAUGGGUGGAACGUAGCCCAUCUCGUCGAGGAGGAUCUCCCUGUGCCGAAGACGCCUGCAUCCGCUCAUCAGAUCCGUCACCUCAGGGAGCUGCGAGACACCUUUCCUCAAUUCUUCAAGUCCAAGAACGCUUAG